UUAGGCAAACAUCGACUAAGACGCCAACCUCUCGUUGGUUGUUUUGGCCACUACCCUUUCACUCCCUCGACGAGUCCGUCACUCUCCUAUUACCUAAAAACCCACCAAACAUUUCUCAUUUUUCACUAUAUAUUCAUCUUCUUCACUCCAUUUUCAAGGAAUCUCUUCCAUUUUUCUCCUAAAAAUCACUUCUUCUUCAUUCACCAUGGAAGGCGCAGCAACAGCUCAAGCUUUAUCUCGUAUUGGGUUAGCUGGGUUAGCUGUUAUGGGUCAGAAUUUAGCCUUAAACAUAGCUGAAAAAGGGUUUCCUAUAUCAGUUUACAAUAGAACCACUUCGAAAGUAGACGAAACCCUAGAUCGUGCUCAGAAUGAAGGACAGCUUCCAUUGAUUGGACAGUACAAUCCACGUGAUUUUGUGUUGUCAAUUCAACGACCCAGAUCUGUUAUCAUUCUUGUUAAAGCUGGGUCACCUGUUGAUCAAACGAUUGCUGCGCUUUCUGAGUAUAUGGAGCCUGGGGAUACGAUUAUUGAUGGGGGUAAUGAGUGGUAUGAGAAUACUGAAAGGAGGAUUGAUGAGGCGUCGUCUAAGGGGCUUUUGUAUUUGGGUAUGGGUGUUUCUGGUGGAGAAGAAGGGGCGAGGAAUGGACCUUCGCUUAUGCCUGGUGGGUCUUAUGGGGCUUAUACGAAUAUCAAAGAUAUUCUUGAGAAGGUUGCAGCUCAAGUUGAGGAUGGGCCUUGUGUUACUUAUAUUGGUGAAGGUGGGUCGGGGAAUUUUGUGAAAAUGGUGCAUAAUGGAAUUGAAUAUGGUGAUAUGCAGUUGAUUUCGGAAGCUUAUGAUGUGUUGAAGAAUGCGGGUGGGUUGAGUAAUUCUGAAUUGGCUGAUAUUUUCGCCGAAUGGAACCGUGGGGAAUUGGAGAGCUUUUUGAUUGAAAUUACAGCGGAUAUAUUCAAUGUGAAGGAUGAAUUGACUGGAAAUGGGGAGUUAGUGGAUACGAUUUUGGAUAAGACAGGAAUGAAGGGGACGGGGAAAUGGACUGUGCAGCAGGCGGCGGAGCUGUCUAUUGCAGCUCCGACGAUUGCUGCUUCGUUAGACAGUAGGUACAUGAGUGGAUUGAAGGAUGAGAGGGUUGAAGCCUCAGAGAUUUUUAGGAAGGAAGGUUUAAAGGAGGAAAUAAGUUCUGAUAUUAAUGGUAUUAGCAGUGUUGAUAAGAAGAGAUUGAUUGAUGAUGUGAGGCAGGCAUUGUAUGCGUCGAAAAUCUGUAGUUAUGCUCAGGGGAUGAAUUUGCUAAGGGCAAAGAGCUCUGAGAAAGGUUGGAAUUUGAAUUUGGGAGAGAUGGCUAGGAUUUGGAAAGGUGGUUGUAUUAUCAGGGCAGUGUUUUUGGAUCGUAUUAAGAAGGCGUAUCAGAGGAAUCCUAAUUUGGCUAACUUGAUGGUUGACACGGAGUUCGCAAGGGAGAUGGUGCAGAGGCAAGCUGCUUGGAGGAGAGUGGUGGGACUUGCUGUUCAGAAGGGAAUUAGUGUUCCUGGAAUGUCUGCUAGUCUUCAGUAUUUCGACACCUACAGGCGUUCUAGGCUUCCCGCGAACCUUGUGCAGGCUCAGAGGGACUAUUUCGGGGCACAUACUUACGAGAGAGUUGACAAGCCAGGAGCAUACCAUACCGAGUGGGCAAAACUUGCUAGGAAAGCCCGAGUUUAAUGCUGCUACAGCUAUUGCGGAUUAUGAUCAAAAUCUCUGGUAUUAGUUGAACUGUUUGAUUUUAAAUUGUGCAAUUCAGGCCUUUAAAAUUCCAAUUUAUCUUGUUGAGAGUUUUUAUUUGCUAGGCAUAAGAAAGAUUGGUAAGCUUUUUUCGUUUAGUUUUGCAGUUAAUAAUGUUGUAUGCCUUCGAACAUUAUAGGGCCUUCGCUAUCGAAAUGACUUCUUCCAUUGAAGUAAAAGAAGUUGCUUUUCCUACAUUA